GAUGAUAGAUAUCAACAGAAAAAACGAGCAUUGAGUAGUGAAUAUUUGAUGAUCGUGAAUUCGUGGUCGUGCAGACGUCAGACGUGCAGCCGAGUUCUUUUUCGCUUUUUUGUGAUCUACUGGUCUUCAGUCAUGUUCUUUGAUCUUGGUAUAACUGGUAGUAUUUGACAUUCUGACUAUUUGUCAUGCAACAACUCUAAGCUGGUUCUCCAACUGUGUACGCCAUCCAAAGAAUUGGAGGACACAAGCACACAGACACACAGUCAUACAACACACAUUCAACAUGACCGUUGUAAAUUGUAAUAGCUCAUAAACUAAUUAAUGGCGGAAGAAAGCAUUUGACUUCAAUUUUUAUAUCAUUGUUUCAACCAAUCUUUCUUUCCCAAAUUAUGAACAACUACUUUUUCACCCUCUUUACAAAAACCAAACUAAACCAAACUUUCAUCUGUAAAUUCACUUGAACAUCUUCCCAAAAAAAACCCCAUCUUUACAUAAAAAAGGAACAACCUUUUUCUUUGCUCACCAAAUUUCUCGCCAACUGUUCGACGAAUUGCCUCAGAGAAAGUUUAAUUUUUUUCAAAUGGAAAAACCCAAUUCACCAUCAUCAAAUUUCAUUUCAGUUUUCUCAAAUUUGCCAAAACCAUUUGAAGGUGAAGGUGAUGGGAAUCAUAAACCACUAAGUUUGUGGCCAGGAAUGUAUCAUUCACCAGUAACAAUUGCAUUAUGGGAAACAAGGUCUAAAAUGUUUGAGAUCAUGAAUGACCCAUCAAUUGAUCAUCCUCCACAAACUAAUUUGCUUACUAAAACUCCUUCUCAAUCUAGAAUGACUGUUCUUUACAAUUUCUCCUCUGAUUUUAUUCUUAGAGAGCAGUAUAGGGAUCCUUGGAAUGAGAUGAGGAUUGGGAAAUUGCUUGAAGACCUUGAUGCCCUUGCUGGUACUAUCUCUGUCAAGCAUUGUUCUGAUGAUGACUACACUACAAGACCAUUAUUGCUCGUUACUGCUUCUGUAGACAGGAUUGUUUUGAAGAAGCCAAUCAGCGUAGACAGUGAUUUGAGGAUAUCUGGCUCAGUCAUAUGGGUUGGUUGGUCCUCAAUCGAGAUUCAGCUGGACGUCAGUCAGGCCGCUGAAGAUUCAGUUGCUCUUACAGCUAACUUCAUAUUUGUGGCCCGGGACUCAAAGACACGAAAAGCUGCUCCGGUCAACAGGAUCUCUCCUGAAUCUGAAAUAGAAAAACUCUUGUUUGACGAUGCGGAAGCAAGAAGCAAAUUUAGGAAAAGAAAAAGAGGGCAAAACACAAGGGAGCAUGCCAAUGGAGAAGUAAAUAGAUUAGAAGCUCUUUUAUCUGAGGGACGCAUCUUCUGUGAUAUGCCAGCAUUGGCGGAUAGAAAUAGCAUUCUUUUGAGGGAUACCCGUCUUGCAAACUCUUUGAUAUGCCAACCUCAGCAGAGAAACAUCCACGGUAGGAUCUUUGGAGGGUUUCUGAUGCACAGAGCAUUUGAGCUUGCUUUCUCUACAGCAUAUGCAUUUGCUGGUGUCAGACCUUCCUUUCUAGAAGUUGAUCAUGUUGACUUCUUGAAACCUGUGGAUGUUGGUGACUUUUUGCGUUUCAAAUCAUGCGUUCUUUACACAGAACUGGAAGAUCCAGAACAUCCUUUGAUAAAUGUUGAGGUUGAAGCUCAUGUUACUAGGCCUGAAAUCAGGUCAAGUGAGGUGUCCAACACAUUCUACUUCACAUUCACCAUCUGUUCAGAAGCGAAGGCUGAGAAAAACAAAGUUAGCAUUCGCAACGUCGUAGUAGCCACUGAAGAGGAAGCACGUCAUAUCUUAGAGCGUAAGGAUGCAAAGGCUUUGCAAGUUAGCAAGUGUGAGAACAAUUGAAACACUACUUUUAUACGAACAAUACUACUCCUAACUGGAUACAGCAGGCUACAGAAGCUUAUGUAUGCCAUCAUAAAAUGAUUUGUCUUACUGUAAAAUAUGUGAUGCUUCUGAUAUCAUUCACAUGUAUGAUGUAUCUGCAAAAACAAUAUAACAGAACCACUUUCUUAUACCUUUGAUUUAUUCAUAAGUUAACCAAGUGUAUCAGCUGUAUGAAGUUGCACAUGAUCAUGGAUCAACUCUUCCAAUUUUUAAAUGUGUCAGAAAUCAAAAGGAGUUGUUCCCUUCCUACAA